AUGUACACAUCAGUCAGUUACAUUUCAGUCUCCACCCCAUAAAUGAAGAAAUCCCGCCUUCUCUGUUGGAAGUACUGUUCAACUGACCAAUCGCUGCUCGAAACUUCCCAGCGUGUGACCAACCGCGGACGUUUUGGGAGCCUCGAUAGGCGGAACAAUAGUGGGCCUGGCUCGUAGGUUUGGUUGUGUGGGUAAGCAUUGAAUAAGAUUUUACUCGGUGGACCGGAGCUGAUUUGGACCGGGCUGAAUAUCACCACACCUUAUUUUUUGGACAACUUCAUCCAUAGGGCUUUACAUCAUACUCAACCGGAUACUUUCAUCCCAUUGCAUUGCAAGGAAUAAUAAUUCAGGAUCUGUAUUUUUCUUCUUAUCAAUGGCAUGGCUUUUGAAGAAACUUGAUUUUUCUUGAAGUGUUUGGAAAAUUCUGAGGAAAAACUGAAGUUACUGUUUUGAAGUAAAGUUUUACUACAACGAUGGAUCAGCAAGCAGCUGGAGGGGAGGACCCAAAUAAGCCUUCCAAAAAGAAAUCCAGCGAGGAUGAGAGUAAAAACAAGAAACUGAACAUACACAUAAAAACAUUGGCUGAUGACAUGCGUGACCGAAUCACCAGUUUUCGAAAGCAAGGCACGAAGAAGGAGAAGCUCCUCAUCCAGCACCCCACGGACCCUCUCUCCCCCCAGACAGAGCUGCCCGUGCCCCAGCCACUGUUUGACGACCGCUCAUGGAACCUGUCAGAGAAAGAGAUCAUUGACCUAUUUGAAAAGAUGAUGGAGGACAUGAACCUGAAUGAGGAACGUAAAGCCCCCUUGCGUGGUAAGGACUUGAGCACCAAACGGGAGAUGGUGGUCCAGUACAUUUCUGCCACGGCAAAAUCUAUAACUGGGAGCAAAGUUGCGGGUGGACUGAGGAACAGCAAGCACGAGUGUACGCUGUCGUCACAGGAGUACGUGCACGAACUACGCUCCGGCAUCUCCGAAGACAAACUGCUCAACUGUCUGGAGUCCCUGCGCGUGUCCUUGACCAGCAACCCCGUCAGCUGGGUGAAUAAUUUUGGCCAUGAGGGUCUCGGACUUCUUUUGGAUGUGCUGGAGAAGCUGCUGGACAAGAAACAGCAAGAGAACAUUGACAAGAGGAACCAGCAUAAACUCAUUCAAUGCCUCAAGGCCUUCAUGAACAAUAAGUAUGGCCUGCAAAGGAUCCUUGGGGAUGAACGAAGCCUCCUCCUCCUCGCGAGGGCGAUUGAUCCCAAACAGACUAAUAUGAUGACAGAGAUUGUCAAGAUUCUGUCUGCCGUCUGUAUUAUUGGAGAGGAAAACACUCUGGAUAAGAUCCUGGCAGCCAUGACCAUAGCAGCGGAGAGGAAUAAUAAGGAGAGGUUUGCACCGAUAGUGGAAGGGCUGGAGAACCAUGAAGCCCAGCAGCUGCAGGUGGCCUGCAUGCAGCUGAUCAAUGCCCUUGUUACCUCUCCGGAUGAUUUAGACUUCAGAAUACAUUUACGAAAUGAAUUCCUGCGCUGUGGCCUCAAGAAGAUCCUACCAGAGCUGAAGGAGACAGAAGAGCUUGACAUACAGUUGAAGGUGUUUAAUGAAAAUAAGGAGGAGGAUUCGAUCGAGCUAUCUCACCGAUUGGACGACAUCCGCGCAGAGAUGGAUGAUAUGGGUGAGGUGUAUCAUCUCUUGUCCAACAUGGUGAAAGACACAGGUUCAGAGCCUUACUUCCUGUCUAUCCUCCAGCAUCUGAUGCUUGUCAGGAAUGACUAUUAUAUCAGGCCUCAGUAUUACAAGGUGAUCGAGGAAUGUGUGUCUCAGAUCGUCCUUCACCGCAGUGGGAUGGACCCAGAUUUUGGCUACAGAGAAAGACUGGAUAUAGACUUCACUCAUCUCAUCGACCAGUGUGUGGAUAAAGCCAAGGUGGAGGAAAGCGAGCAGAGAGCGUCUGAAUUCUCCAAAAAGUUCGAUGAGGAGUUCAGCGCACGGCAGGAAGCUCAGGCCGAGCUGCAGAAACAGGAGGAAAAAAUCAAAGGGCUGGAGGCGCAGAUCAACACCCUUCAGGCGCAGUUGACUAGUGAGAGAGACAAGCUCAAAGAAGCAGAGAAACGCAUCAGCGAAAGAGAUAGCAAGAUCGCGGCAGGACCUGGAGCGGGCAGUGGCAUUCCUCCACCACCACCAGGGGGCAUCGCACCACCACCACCUCCCCCUCCACCACCUCCAUCUGGAGGUAUACCACCUCCUCCACCGCCACCUCCCUGUCCGGCAACUAUGGGACCUCCACCACCACCUCCUCCUCCUGGCUUCGGCCCUCCACCGCCACCUGGUGGAGGCCCACCCCCACCUCCCGGUAUGCCUUUAGGUCCUCCCCCACCUGUUGUACAGCUGCCUUACGGACUGGUGCCCAAGAAGAUUUACAAACCUGAGACCGUCAUGAAGCGGGUGAACUGGUCAAAGAUAGUGCCUCAGGAGAUGGCGGAAAAUUGCUUUUGGCUGAAAGUCAAAGAAGAGCGGUUUGAGAACAUGGACAUGUUUGACCAGCUUUCACUCGCCUUCUCUUCCAAAACCAGAGUGAAAAAGGACGUGGACGAAACAGAUGACAGGAUGACACAAUUCAAGAAAAAAGCAAAAGAGCUGCGAAUUCUCGAUGCCAAGACUGCCCAGAAUCUGUCAAUUUUCCUGGGAUCAUUCCGGCUGCCUUAUGAAGAGAUCCGGGAUAUCGUGCUGCAGGUGGAUGAAGAGAGGCUAAGUGAAGCGCUAAUCCAGAACCUGAUCAAAAAUCUUCCUGAGCAGAAGGAGCUGAGCAAUCUGGCUGAGCUGAAGAAUGAAUACGAGGAGCUUUGUGAGUCUGAGCAGUUUGGCAUUGUGAUGAGUUCAGUCAAGAUGCUGCGUCCUCGGUUGAACGGCAUUCUGUUCAAGCUGACGUUCGAGGAGCAGGUGAACAACAUCCGUCCGGACAUCAUGAAUGUGACCUUUGCCUGUGAAGAGGUGAAGAAAAGUGAAGGAUUCAGCAUGCUUCUGGAAAUAGUGUUGCUGGUGGGGAAUUACAUGAACGCAGGAUCUAGAAAUGCCCAGACGUUCGGCUUCAACAUCAGUUUCCUCUGCAAGCUUCGUGACACAAAGUCAACAGACCAGAAUACCACUCUUCUGCACUUCCUGGCUGAAAAGUGUGAAGAGAAGUAUCCUGGGAUUCUCAAGUUCCCAGAAGAGCUUGAACAUGUGGACAGCGCCAGCAAGGUAUCUGCCCAGAUCCUGAAAGCCAGCCUGGACACAAUGGAGCGUCAUAUCCAGAGACUGGAGAACGACAUUCAGAACUUCCCAAAGAAUGAUGACAAACACGAUAAGUUUGUUGAAAAGAUGUCAGGCUUUUCCAAGCAUUCCAGAGAGCAGUACGAGAAGCUUUCUACCAUGCAUAAGAAUAUGCAGAAGCUCUACGAGAGCCUGGGAAGCUACUUCGCCUUCGACCCCCACACUGUUAGCAUUGAGGACUUCUUUGGAGACCUGGCUACCUUCCGCAACCUCUUUACGGAUGCUGUAAGGGACAACCACAAGAAGAGGGAGAUGGAGGAGAAGAUCAAGAGAGCCAAGCUUGCAAAGGAGAAAGCAGAGCGGGAAAAGCUAGAAAGACAGCAGAAGAAGAAACAGCUGAUUGACAUGAAUAAAGAAGGUGAUGAGACAGGAGUGAUGGACAGCCUCAUGGAAGCCUUGCAGUCUGGAGCAGCCUUCCGUGACCGAAGGAAAAGAACCCCACGCAACGGUGAUCAAAGCCCUUCCGGUUCUGCACCUUGGUGGCCGGGUGCUAACCAUGACGCAUCCACUGGAAAGAGCAGACAACCGUCGCACUGGUUUGGAAAGAUCCCGUUCACGUCACAAUCCAAACCCUAUGGUCCGAUGAUCGCUUGCCGGCUAAGGACGAGCUUUGCCAAGUGCCAAAGACCCAGAAGUGGGGACGUUGAAGAGGGUUGUACAGGGAUUGAGAGAAAGCCACCCGGAAAGCCCUCCCCUUUUAAAAUAUAUACACACACGCCCAAAUGAACAUGCAUACGCAAUGAACCUCAAAGACGCGUGCCGCCGCUCACCCUUCAUCACAGGAUAACCAUGACUCUCUGUGAAGCCUUAUAUAUAUAAUGGUCCACUGCUCCUCUUGCAUAAAACCUGAUCAAUUUAGGUGUGUUUAUUUCAGAUGUUUGCUUGACUUUGUUUGUUUGUUUUUUUCAUGAUUGUCUUGGUUCUGUUUAUAUCUCACGACGCUAACUCCCUUGAUCUGGCUCACGUCCAUCCCUCUAUCUGCAAACAGUCAAAUUAUUGGCUGCAGUUGGAUUUCUCACUAUUGGAUUUUUCGGCACACAAAUACGCUCUUUUUGUUGACAGAAUGCCUAAAGCAUCGAUAUAGAGUGUACGGGUCUGUUCACACCCCCCUUGGUUUUUAUUUUAUUUCUCAUUUUAUCAUCAGUCAUAUAUAUAUAUAUAUAUAUAUAUAUUCUCUGAUCACGUUUUUUAUUCAUAUGUCACAGAUCUGAUGUAUGUAGCAACAUGAAAAGCUGCUGAUUUUAGCGUCUACCUUACCGCGUGUACACAUUUGUGCAGUGCGAGAUGCCACAAGGUACCCGAGAUGGUUGAAUGUUAUUGCUCUUUAUCUACGGUAAACACUUCAAACACACAUAGACAUUUCUCUUGCCGAGUCAAAGGUUUUAUUAAAGCGAAUCUGCGGGUAUGUGAAGCAAGCUCGAAUCAAAGCGAUGCCAUUCAUUCCUGUUUUCAGACGUGUCAUAGGUUUUCUGUACUUGUAGCUUUUAGUCCUUUAUGUAGGAGAGUAUUUUAGUGAACUGUAGCUUAGUGUGUGUGUGUGUGUGUGUGUGUGUGUGUUUUCUUCAAAAUCCAUUGGCCAUUUUUAAGAGCUCUUAGAUCUGCCACCUUUUCCUCUCCAACUACAUUUUACCUUUUGAAUUUAAUAGAUUCAGAAACUCUAAGGACUGGAUUACUGAAAUUGUUACAGUGGUUAUUUUACAGGGAUGUUUAAAACAGGGUAAAGACGCUGUAAUUUUCACUAUAUAGCAUCUGAUGUUAAUAUGGGCUAGUCAUUAAACUUACAGUAUGAAGAAGCUCAUAGUACAAUACAUCCCUUUAUACCACAGGCCUGUCAAAUGCUUUAUUCUGAUUGGUUGAGAAAUCUUCCACGGUUUCUGUAAAAUGCACACCUGAUCUGUCAAAUGUCUUAAAAAAACCACCAGAGCAAUGUUUGUGGUAACCAUGGUAUAUGCUGAAAUAAUUGUAUAUAGACGGUUUCAGCAGUAACAACAUAAACACGCGGCUUUCGUGGUCAUCACGUAACUUUUGGUAAACUCUGCGAAGAAUAAAUAACAACAAAGUCCUUUUAAAGUAGUUUAUUUAUAUAACAAGCAAAAUAAACAACAGUAAAGUUCAGACCAGGCGCUUAUCACGUCACCGCACGUGCGCUCGAUGAAACGGUCUAUAUAUAUAUCGCAUCGUACCGCAUUACCACCUUGAGUGUGCACUAUUUUCAAAUAAUUCAUCAAUUAUUCCUUACCUAUAAAACUUUUACAGGGUUCCCACGGGUCCUUGAAAGUUUGUGAAUCUGGGGGGAAAUUCCCUGGGGAGUUUUUGAAAAUAUACAAACAAUGAUACUGGUCAUUGAAAGUGCUGGAAUUUAUUUUAUGCAAGAAGUUUUCUGGGGGAAAAAAAUCCAUAUUAUUCCCUGUGAAGUGUAGGAUAAUAUCAUUAAAAAUUCUAGACUUUAAGCACACGUGCUAAACUGUUCGCUUUAAAUGCUUAUAACUUCUGUAUGCGAAUGUUGAUUAAUACCAAAAUGCUUUUUUGCAUAGUUGUGUUUGACACAUGAAAACGUCUCGGGUUACGUAUGUAACUGUGGUUCCCUGAGAAGGGAACUAGACGCUGCGUCUCCCUUGCCAUACUUCCUGCGUCCCUGUAACGCCAUCUUUGGCAAUAUUUCAGAUAGCGAUAUACUUCCUGGUUCUCGCAUCACCCUGUCUUUGUCGUUAGCUCUCACCAUUGGUUAAAUUUAAUAUACACAUUCAGACACACUUACCCCUGGAGGCGUCCCAAAAGUGUCACCGCAGUGACGCAGCGCGAGUUCCCUCGAAAGGGAACUGUAAAAAUGUAUCUUAAAAGGUAACACGAUGUAACCUUGCUCUCACUUGAAAUGUGUCCCCACAUUUAGUCCUUGAAUUUGAGGGUACUGGACCUGGAAAGUCCUUGAAUGGUUCUUGAAUUUGAAGUUAACUAAGCUGUGGGAACCCUGUAUUUACUUUCGAGUAAGGCUACUUUAUAGAUAUCCUCUCAAAGCUCAUUUUAGUGGCAUUCUUUUGUAAUUUGUAAAAUAUGUAUUUAUUCACAGUUUGCCAGAUAAUGCCUGAAGCCUUUGAUGUGUGAACAUUAGCCAGAUUCCAGUGCAAAGAAGAUAUAACAGUGACAGUAAAGAGAUGUUCACGACAUGGUGGCUGUCUUGAUGUGAAAACCAUUAGUGGAUUUUCUCUGCCACUUCCUUGCGCUCUUGCUUGUGGCGUGAGUAGUCAUUUGCCAUAAUGUUUCAUGUCCCCCAUGUCCAUAACACUGCAGGCAACUCUAUGUAAAACAGUGUCUGCUCUCUUACGGGUGAAUGGAGUUAUACUGCCUAACGUACUGGUACAUGCCAUACAGAAAUUGCAAUUUUUACACACCCAAAGCUUAUUUACCCUGAUGUUUCAACAGAUGCUAUCUUGGGUUGUUUUGUUCAUACGGUAUGUAAGUGCGGUGCUUUUAAACAACCUACUGUUAGACAGGCUUUCUCUUUACUCAAACCCUCUAGAGUGAGGAAAGGUCGAGAUGCGGCGUAUCGCAAUCCAUUGAUUUGCUUUUCUAAUUAAAACUGGCCUUUCAGUGCUUUCCAGCACAACACAAUAGAUGCUGCGCUGGGCUCGUAUGCGAUACGCUAUUUUAAACUCACGUUAAUGGUAAUUACAGCAUCCAUACCCUUUAAGUGCAGACACCUCAAACAUACAGUUACGUGAUCUGAAGGCCAGCAUCAAUGGUACAAAGUAAAAAAGCAUUCAGGAAAUAGUC